AUGGACUAUUUGAGACGCAGUGCAAGAGUAUCUAAACUGGACAGAAUUAGGAACGUGGAAAUCAGAGCCAAAAUGGAUGCCACACAGACAAUAGUGGAUAGAGUCGAACAGAGGGGCCUUAAGUGGUUUGGACACUUGCUACGCAUGGAACACCUAAGAUGGCCCUACCGUAUCUACAGCUGGUCACCUCCUGGAAAAAGGAAAAGAGAACGGCCUAGGAGAUCCUGGAAUGACGCCAUCAGAAGGACAAUGAAGGACCGUAACUUGGAAGAGGAAGAUGUUCUUGAUCGUAACAGGUGGCGGUUAGGCGUGGGGAUGCGACGUUAG